UUCUGCGUUCCGGGCGUGUUACAGCCAGUACAGAGCAGUACCUAGACAGCGCGAGCCAAUCAAAAUAACUGGUAUUUUGUCGUAAAUAAACGUAAAAUUGUGUUUUGGUGAAUGAAAACUAUUGACUUGGUACUUCGUACCGCUGUUAGUACCCUUAUAGUUGUUGUUUUCUUUGUUUUUGAGGGAUAUUUUUGAAAUGAACGUCUGAAAAAUUCGACUACCGUUCAAAGAACUAUCAUUAGCAUCGUUAUUUCCUGUUGGAAUGCACAUAGGAUGCUGCAAAGAAAUGAAGCACGUGCACUGGUAUAAAGCCAUUUUGGCUAUUUUAAGCAACCUUCUGCAUUUGACAUACGGAGAUUUCGAAUAUGUAGUGAGCAAACCAGAGUCUUUAGUCCUCUCAGCUGGAUAUGAGACGUCCCUGUCUUGCGAGAUGAAUAUACCACCUGAUAGAUUUCAAUGGAAGUUCUAUCCAUUAGAUAAUCCGUACGAUAGCCAGGCGCUGAUUAAUUUGAGUAGUGAUAAUUUCAAAAUUAUUCCUCAAGAUAGAUAUAGGGUUAACAAGAAGAAGUCAGAAUUACAAAUAGAGCUAAGGGACACUGAAGGAACCGGUGACUACCAGUGUCUAGCCUAUUAUGGAGCUUCCGUGGUGGCUUCAGUACCAUGGCGGAUAACGUUGGAACGAAUGGAGAAAAGCCCCCCGCAAGAAAACACUAGCGCGUCAGUGCACGUCGGUAACACUGUCAGCUGGAAAUGCGAAGCCCCCAAAUCGAAUCCCGAGGCGUAUAUAGAUUACAAAUAUGGAAACAAAUAUAUAACGUCGCCGUACAAAAAUCUGGCAGUGAAAAGUAUGAUUUUAACGAACGUGACAGUUUACAACUCUGGAACAUAUAGCUGUCUUGCAAAUAAUGGUUUUGCUCUAAAAGAACUGAAUCCAGUCUUGAGGCUGGAAGUUGUGAGAAAUGGUCCACCACGUGCCCCAACUUUUAUUAUUGAACCGAAGAAAGAAUAUACUGUUACUAAAGGUUCAUCGGUAUUCCUAGAUUGUUCGGCGGUAGGUCAACCGGUGCCCAAAGUCUCCUGGUCCAAGAAACAGUCUGUUUUACCAUCAAAUCGAUCAGAAGAGAACGGAGGUCUUAUAAUACGAAACAUCACCUCAAGAGACGAUGGAGUCUAUGUCUGUACCCAUACCAACGCGUAUGGUACAUUGACUCACGAAAUUACUGUUAAAUAUAACGAAGAACCGACCAUCGAUUGUUCUAUGAACAUGACUGACGUGAACCAAGGCGAGAACAUGGAUAUUGAAUGUAUCGUUAAAGGUACACCUGAACCACAAGUAUCUUGGUUUUUGAACGGUUUUUCGGUGCUAAAAGAUGCAGCGGUUGAAGCCAUAGGAAACAGAAUUUAUUUUAGACCUGUUGAGAAGCGACACGCAGGAAACUUACAAAUAUUCGCCAGGAAUGUUGUUAAGACUGUUUACAAAAGUAUUAUUGUCAGGGUCAUUCCUUUAUCUAGCAGCAUAGAUGAUAUUCCGGCUCCUGUGUAUACCCAUCCCAAACAUCAUCAUCGGAAACCUCCAAAUACUAGAAAACCUCAUAAGAUGACUCCACCUAGUAGACCCAUUAUCACUCGCCUGGAUGACGAGACAGUGAUGGUGAGAUGGAGUGUACCGAAUAAUAACGGCUUAGCCAUACAGUUCUUUAAAGUGCAAUACAAAGAAAUUGGUCCAGCUAAUCACAAGGAUACUUAUAAUACUAAAGGCUCCGUUUGGAAUACAGCUAACACGGACGUGAGACCGAACAUAAAAUCGUUCGACAUUCGAGGCCUCAAACCCGACUACAUCUAUAAGUUUCGGGUGGCCGCCGUGUACAGCAACGACGACUCAAAAAUGAGCCCCACAUCGAAGAAGUUUCACUUGCGUAGGCUCGACUUUGACGAGAAAAAUCCCCUUCCGGUGUGCCCCAUAACGUAUGUGCAAACCCUCAAUCAUACCGCUGUGAAGAUAUACUGGGAGUGUCCCAAAUAUAAUGUGUCGAUCGAUGGCUUUUACAUAAGCUACCUGACGGCGACGCAAGCAGGUGACGAUUAUAUGAAGAGUACCGUGGAAGGCGAGAGUACCAGAAGUUACAUCAUUAACUACUUACAGCCUGAAACCAGUUACGACAUCAAGUUGCAAAGCUUUAAUUCCAAGCUGGCUAGCGAAUUUAGCCCUUUGAUGAAAGGAAAAACGGGAGCUAGUCCGAUAACUGCUCCUACCACUGUGCAGAUAACUCCGAAUCAUACGAAGAAGUCCGCUACUGAACACAGCUCAGUGGAUAAUCAACUCUACAUUGUCAUUGUGGGAGUUGUUAUUGUAUGUGCCAUAAUCAUCACAGCCAUAGUACUGUUGUUUGUGUGCAGGAAAUGGAAGAGAAAGAAAUUGACAGAUACUCGAGAUAAACCUUCCUCAGAUCAUCAUAUUCAGUCUGAUGUAGAUGCCAAAACUAUAUCUCGAUCGAAUGGAUGCGUUCUGCCAGGAAACAAAAUUACUAUCACAUCGAAUCCUCUGGCAGAUGCUGAAAAUAAGAAUCCGAACGUGAUAGAGCUGCGCAAUUUAGCGAACAACAACGUCCGGCAUCGGCAAGAUCUGCCGAAGCUUGUGGCGGACGAUGCCCAAUCCAAUAAGGUUCCGGUAGGGCUCAAGGACAUAAGCAAAAGGACCUUGAGUGAUACGAGGCCUACGGGAAGCAACUAUGUAUAAAGCCUUUGAAUAAGAAGUAUAAAGCUUAAAACUAAUAAAUGUAAGGCUAGAAUAUUGAAUAAUGAGAUUGGUUCAAAUUUCCUGUUAUCUUAGGCUGUAUUCCGUUGCAAAACCAGGCGAACCAGACCGGUAAACUACGGUAAAGAGCGGUUCCUGAAAAACAUCGGUUUGAUACGGAACGGUUUUUUUUUAACACUGAAAACGUCAAAUGUUGACGUUUUCUAAAUUUCAAUAUCUAUAUUAAAAAAUUUAUCUUUUAUGCAUUUUAAAUGUACCUAUUAUCUGCUUUUCCGUUUGCUUCUUCUUUUCAAUGGAGUUUAAUAUUGAAAAGUACUUUAUUAAUGAACUGUUAAACUCGUUAGACAGC